ACACUCUUGGAGAGAGAGCGCGCGAGGCAGGGAGACCUUCCCCUCCUUUUUCCACGGCUGUACUUCUUGGAAGUGAAGCCGGUCUGGGUUUUGUUUCCCUUCCCCCUCCUCUCUCCUCUUCCUCCACCCCUGUCCCCUCCCCCUCCCCUCCCCCUCCCCCUCCCAGCUGUCUUUCUAGCAUGAUGCCCUUUUUCAUCCACAUUUGUGUUUCAGGUGUAGAGAGGAGAGAGUGAACAGGGAGCGGGGCUUUUGUCUGUUGAUCUCCCUGGACUGAAGAGAGGGAGGGUGCAAGGCCAAGACUGUUACGAUUCUCAAAAUGGUUUAUUACCCAGAGCUCUCUGUCUGGGUCAGUCAAGAACCAUUUCCAAAUAAGGAAAUGGAGGGAAGGCUUCCUAAGGGAAGCCUUCCUGUCCCCAAGGAGGUGAACCGCAAGAAGGAUGACAAGAUUGAGGCUGCCUCCCUGACUCCACUUGGCAGCAGUGAACUCCACUCCCCAGGCAUCAGUUACCUCCACUCUUUUUAAUCGUUAACACCUCCAUUUGUAUUACAUAUGGUGUAUGGGUAUUGAUGAGGUCAUGGUAUCAUAUAUGGGAUUUUUUUCUGUGUAAAUCAUCAAGUAUAAGAAGAAACUAUGGGACUCUGAGCCUUGCUUUAGAGAAUUUACAGUGGACAAAUAGGUAUCAUCAAACCAGUUUUUAAUCAUUCUGACUCAAGUGAAAACGCUCAGAAUUUCACACUGUGAAUCCACGUUUACAACCCUUACAGGUGGGCCUUCAGGCCUGGUUCUCGAUGACGAUGUCUUCCACAACUCAGACUCCCUCUGCUGUCACA